CUAACCCUGACGUUUUAACCGUCAAAGAUCCAUUACUCUUGAGUUUUAUUCCCGGAGAAUCAGAAAGCGGUUAUUAACCUGCUGGAGAACAAAGAACCGGAAGAAAAUGUCGGAUUCAGCUGCAGGGAGCCGCUAUGAGCGUCUCACAGCAGAGCAGAUGGACGAGCAGAGGAUCCAGAAUGUGGCCUAUCAGUACCUUUGCAGGCUGGAGGAGGCUAAGAGGUGGAUGGAGGCAUGUCUGGGGGAGGAGCUUCCUGCUCCAACUGCGUUGGAGGAGGCUCUGAGGAACGGAGUCAUUCUGGCCAAACUGGGUCAUUGCUUCAUUCCAACUGCCGUCCCACUGAAGAAGAUCUUCGACCCAGAACAGCUCCGUUACAAGGCUGUGGGUCUUCAGUUUCGUCACACUGACAACAUCAACCACUGGAGGAACGCCAUGUCCUCACUGGGACUGCCAGCGAUCUUUUAUCCUGAAACUACAGACGUCUACGACAAGAAGAACAUGCCGAGAGCCGUUUACUGUAUCCAUGCUCUCAGCCUCUACCUGUACAGACUGGGUUUGGCUCCGCCUAUUCAUGAUCUCUAUGGAAAAGUAAAGUUCACAGAUGAGGAGAUCAACAACAUGAAGCUGGAGUUGGAUAAAUAUGGAAUCCAGAUGCCAGCUUUCAACAAGAUUGGAGGCAUCCUGGCCAAUGAGCUUUCUGUGGACGAAGCUGCAGUGCACGCAGCUGUAGUGGCCAUUAACGAGGCGGUGGACAGAGGGAAUGUGAGCAUCAUGGCCUCAGCUCUGAAGAAUCCUGCAGCUCUGCUCACUGACCUGCAGGAGGCGCUGAUGAGUGUCUAUCAGGAGAUGCUGAAGCAAGCCAGGAUGAGGAAGGCUGAGCAAGCAGCCUGCAAGCAUGGAGGCUCAGAGGAUAAAGACAUGUAUGAGGAGUAUCUGAGUCAGCAGGAGAUCCAGGAGCACAUCAGAACCGUCAACGUGCGAUUUGCGGUGGAGCAGGUGGAUGAAGCUCUGGAUGCUGCAGAUGAACUCUCUCUGCUUGCUGCUCUGCAGCUUCCAUGUUUGGCCCUCAGGGGCCUCUGUACUGAGAACAGCCCCUGGUACCUGGAUCAGCUGCUGGUGGACCGCCAGCAGAAGGCUCUGGACCAGGGCUCAGUGGAUCCUCUGGACUCUGCUGAGCUGCAGGAAAGCAUCUCUGCUGCCAACCAGGAAGCUCAGAGGGCCACAAACAUUCUCAUGGCGGUGGAACGUGUUAAUGCCUCCCUGCGUGGAAACGACCCCAGACACACCGUGAGCUGCCUGAUUAACUCUGACCUGCAGCUACCGGAAGUGUUUCCAUCUGCUGCGACGCUUUAUCACCAGGAGCUGCAGCUGCUGCUUAGACGGACUGCACAGGGACAGCUACAUCAGGAAGAGCUUUUUGUUGCUGUGGAGAUGCUGUCAGCGGUUGCUCUAAUCAAUCAGGGUCUGGAGAUGGAACAUCUGCAAAAGUUUGGCUCCUCAUUGGUCAGUCCAUCCGCAGGACUCUGUGAUGUAGACCAUGCCCUCAUGGACAGGUACUUGAAGCACCUGGUAGGCGUGAAGCAACAGAUGGGCAUAGGCCUGCUAACCUGGAAUCAGCUGCAGGAAGGAAUCAACAGUGUGAACAGCUCCGCCCAGGACGAAAACCAGCAGAUCCAGGCUGUUGGCCUGAUAAAUGAGGCUGUGAUGAGAGGAGACCUCCAGCAGCUGAUGUCUGCUCUGAUGUUGCCCUCCUGUGGUCUGGAGGAGGUCAUACCUGCCAACACCCACAGGUACCUGACCCUGUUGACCAGAUCCAGACAGCACAAAGCCCAGAUGAGCAGAGACCCAGGAGCUGAGCUGUGGUUGGUUGAUAUCCAGGAAGCAGUCAAGCAGGCCAAUCAGCACAGUCAAAAAGCCCUGAAGUUGUGCCUGGCGGUGGCAGCGGUGAACCAGGCAGUGAAGGAGAACCGGGCCAAACAGACUCUGCGUGUUCUGUCUUUGCCAGAACUGGAGCUGCGAGGAGUUUUGUCGGACUGUGCUUCAGAUUAUCAGCGAGAGCUGAGCACCCUAAUCGCAGACAAGACUCGCUCAGGUGAUGACCGGAGUCCUUGGGUUCGGGUCCAGCUGCAUGACGGCUCAUUUUAUUACUUUCACCUAAACAGACUGGAGGGAAGCUGGGAGAAACCCAGUAGAUUCAAACCUCUUGGUCUGUUCCUCACCCAGCAGGAGAUACAGGAAGUGGUUAGCAGCGUUUCAGCGUUAUACAGUUGCAGGGUCAUGUGGCGGAGCAGCGAAGCCCUCAUUGUUUGUCUGCAGGCUCGCUGUCGGGGCUUCCUGAUCAGACAGCAGCUGGAGGUUCGACAACGUUACCUGAUCAGUCAGACUCCUGCUGUCAUCAUCAUCCAGUCUCAUUGGAAGAGGUUCAUCCAGCAGAGAGCGUACAGGCAGCGGCUGCAGUUCCUCUACAGGAACUGGAGAUUUGUCGUGAAGAUCCAGUCAUUUGUGAAGAUGUGGCUCAUCAGGAGGAGAUAUUUGUCCCGGCUGAGGUUCUUUUCACAGAAUGUGGAUGCUGUCAUAAAGAUCCAGGCCUUCUUCAGAGCCAACAAAGCCCGACAUGAAUACCGCAUGUUAGUGCAUUCGGACAGCCCCCCCCUGCCUGUGGUCAGGAAGUUCCUGCACCUACUCGAACUGGGAGACGGUGACAUCAGAGAGGAGGCGGAGCUUUUACGCCUGCGAGAGGAAGUGGUGAGGAGCAUCCGCUUCAACCGGCAGCUGGAGUCUGACUUGGACUUGAUGGACCUAAAGAUUGGGCUCCUGGUCCGAAACAGAGCAACGCUGCAGGAAGUUGUGUCUCACUGCAAGAAACUCACCAAGAAGAACAAGGAGCAGCUGUCGGACAUGAUGGAUGUGGAGAGAAGUAAAGGGCUGAAAGCUCUGAGCAGAGACCGGAGGGAGAGACUGGAGGCCUAUCAACACCUAUUCUACCUGCUGCAGACGCAGCCUCCCUACCUGGCUAAGGUGAUCUUCCUGAUGCCUCAGAGUCGCUCCACUGCCUUCAUGGAGAUGGUGGUGUUCAGUCUUUUCAACUACGGCUCUGACCGCCGCGAGGCCUUCCUGCUGUUGCAGCUGUUUACUGAAGCGCUUCGAUAUGAGAUUAGACAGAAGGUAGAACAACCUCAGGACGUGAUUACAGGGAAUCCCACCAUCAUCAAAAUGCUGGUGAACUUUUACCGCCAUGCUCAGGGUCAGAACGCCCUGCGAGAAUCUCUGGGUCCGGCUCUGCAGGAUGUCCUGCUAGACCAAACCCUCAGCAUCAGAACUGACCCGUUGGAGGUCUACAAGACCUGGAUCAACCAGACUGAGACCCAGACUGGACACAAGAGCUGUCUGCCCUAUGAGGUUCAACCUGAGGAGGCUCUGUCCCAUCCUGAAGUUCAGCGGAGAAUUGACAUUGCUAUCAUCAACCUGAAGAACCUGACCGACCGUGUCCUCAAAGCCAUCACCUCCAACCUCAACAAACUUCCUUAUGGACUACGUUACACAGCAAAGGUGCUCAGAGACGCCCUGAAGACAAAGUUUCCUGCCGCCAGUGAGAGCGAGCUCUACAAGAUUGUAAGCAACUUGGUCUACUACCGUUACAUGAACCCGGCCAUCGUGGCUCCAGAUGGGUUCGAUGUGGUGGAUCGGGCGGCCGGAUCCACACUGCAACCGGAGCAACGCCACGUCCUUGGAUCCAUAGCUCGCAUGCUGCAACAUGCCGCCGCUAACAAACACUUCCAUGGAGAUGGAUAUCAUGUUCAAGCCUUGAACCAGUACAUCACCCAGACCCACAGCAAGUUCAGGAAGUUCCUGUACAGCGUCUGUGAUGUUCCUGAACCUGAGGAGCGGUUCAGCGUGGACAAGUACUCCGAGCUGCUGAUUGUCAACAGACCCGUCAUCUACAUCUCUGUCAGUGAGCUGCUCAACACUCACAAGCUGCUGUUGGAGCACCAGGAGGUUCUCUGUCCAGACCCAUCAGAUCCCCUGAGGCUGAUCCUGAAUGAUCUCGGACCAGUUCCCACUCUUCAGGAGCUCAUGGGUGAGCCUUCAGCUGAUCCAGGGUCAGAGUCCAGUAAGAUGGAGGUUUCUCUGACUCUCACCAACAAGUUUGACAUAUUUAACGAUUCAGAGGACAAACCAGACGCCCGAGGACUGUUGCUCAGCACCAAGCAGUUGAUCAUUGAUGUCAUCAGGACUCAGUCAGGUGGCUCUCUGAGUGACCUCCUGAGAUCAAAGACUUCACCUGAUCAGGAAGUGUGUCAUGAUUGGCUAAUGCAGCGUCGGGCUCGACAGGAUGCUCAGACACCUGAGAAGAUGAAGAGGAACCAGUCGCUGGUCGCCAACGGCAACCUGAGUCUGGAGGAGAAGAAGAGGAAGAUCCUGCGGAGUCUCUGUCGCCUGGAGGCGCUCGGAGUUCUGAGACCACCUCGGGCUGAGAACCAGAUCCUGCAGAUGAUCACCCAGGACAUCCGGCAGCAGCGCCUGCAUCGUCAGCGUCGGGGGGCGGAGCUUCAGAAACUCUGUCAGACUCUCAGGAGGCUGCAGGAGAAGAGCCGCUUCCACAGUGAGCAGGUUGACUUCUACAGACAUUACAUCACUUCCUGCCUGGACAACCUGACGGCCAAUAGUAAAUUAACCAGUAAGAAAGCAGCAGAAAGCAGAGGGAAAAAGAAGCUUCCUGCUCUGAGCUACAGUGCUGCUCGGCUGCAAGAGAAAGGAGUCCUGCUGGAGAUCGAAGAUCUACCGACCACACAGUUCAAGAACGUCGUCUUCGACAUCACUCCUGGACCCGAGAAAGGGAGCUUCAGCGUAAAGGCUCGAUUCCUUGGGGUCCAGAUGGAGGAAUUCCCGCUCAAGUACCAGGACCUGCUGCAGCUGCAGUAUGAGGGCGUGGCAGUGAUGAAGAUGUUCGAUAAGGCCAAAGUCAACGUUAAUCUGCUCAUCUUCCUGCUAAACAAGAAGUUCUUCAAUAAGUGAACCAAGGAGCUCUCUCUUCUUACUCCCAUCUUUGUCUCACUCUGAUUCUUCUUUGUUUGUCCCAAGAGUGAAACAUUUACUCUGCUCUCUGUUGUUUUCAAUGUGCCUCAGUAUGUAACGCAGUGAGGCUUCUCCAUUUAAAUGUUUUUGUCACAGUUUGAACCGACUGAUGUAGCUAACCUCCUCUCACACUCCAUAUUAGUGAAAUUUAAACAGAGUAAAUCAUCUGCCCAUGCACUUAUCUUUGCUUUUAUAUCACACUACAUUGGUAUUAUGACCCUUAGUAUAAUACAUCCAGCUUUCACUGAUCUCCCAGGGACUUAAUCAGAGUGAGCUGUCUCCUCUCACUCCUAUCUGUGCUACACUACAUGAUCUAACAUGGGCAGCAGACACAGGCUGCAGCUUUUAUUUUGAAAAUCUGAUCAGCUCAAUGCUGUCUCUGUAUAAUCGUCUGUGGGCGGAGCUUAGUUCCUAUGGGCAGAUUUCAUUGGUCACUGAAAACUUUAGCGAUAGCUGCAUAUUUGGGAUUGGUGAUCAAUAACUGUAAAUAUCUGAUGUAACUUCCUGUCUGAAGGAAUAUUUUAAUCAUCAAUAAACUUUUUCAUCUUUCA